AUGAGUCUCCCUACAAGCACAAAGCACAGAUUGCUUCUUGAUUACAACAGAAAGAGAACUAAUAAGUAUGAAGGUUAUAUGAAGAAGAAGACUGAGAGAAUGGAGAAAACUGGAGAGAAGCCUUUUAUGCAUACUGAUCAAUAUGAUACUUUGGACCAAGAGUGUAAGGCCUUGUACAAAAGGUUAGCAGAAGAUCACAAAAACAAAGAUGUAAGAAAGAAGAUAGUUAAAUAAACUAGUGGAGAAACCAGAAAAUACCAUUUCUCCCACUAUGUGGCUCCAAGUAAACCCAGCUUACAGACUUGAAGACAAUCAUAAGACUCAUUUCAAUGAAACUUUUGGCAAAAAUAUAGACAACAAAGACGAAGUUGACAAAGUCUACUUCAGAAGGAAGGACAAUCUCUCUGAUUACGCCGAGGCUUUAUUCCAGACCAAGAUCGUCUUGAGCAAGAAAUAAUGCAACCAUGGGCCCAAGCGCAGCUUCCUAAGCUGGGAUAGAAUAUCUCUUCUGUUCCUAAUAGACUUAUGCC